GAUCUUGAACUUUUUUUCUAGGUAGGGUUUACACUGUGAUUUUGCUUGCCUGAUGUUCAAACACCUGGUACACAAACCAUCAGAGGAGAGAGUAAGAGAAAUAAUUAUCAAUGCUGUUCGGAUAGAACAGGAGUUCCUCACUGAGGCCUUGCCUGUGAAGCUAAUUGGGAUGAAUUGCACUCUAAUGAAGCAAUACAUUGAGUUUGUGGCAGACAGACUUAUGCUGGAACUGGGUUUUAGCAAGGUUUUCAGAGUAGAGAACCCAUUUGACUUUAUGGAGAAUAUUUCACUGGAAGGAAAGACUAACUUCUUUGAGAAGAGAGUAGGCGAGUAUCAGAGGAUGGGAGUGAUGUCAAGUCCAACAGAGAAUUCUUUUACCUUGGAUGCUGACUUCUAAAUGAACUGAAGAUAUGCCCUUAUUUUGCUGAUUUUUUUUCCAUCUCAUAAAGAAAAUCAGCUGAAGUGUUACCAACUAGCCACACCGUGAAUUGUCCAUAAUGUUCAUUAACAGCAUCUUUAAAACUGUGUAGCUACCUCACAACCAGUCCUGUUUAUUUAUAGUGCUGGUAGUAUCACCUUUUGCCAGCAGGCCUGGCUGGCUGUGACUUACCAUAGCAGUGACAAUGGCAGUCUUGGCUUUAAAGUAAAGGGUGACCCUUUAGUGAGCUUGGCACAGCAGGAUUAAACAGUCUUUUAACCAGCACAGGCAAUUGAAAGAUGCAGCCUCACUGCUUCAACGCACAUUUUAAUGUUUACUUAAAUAUAAAACUGGCACUUUACAAACAAAUAAACAUUGUUUGUACUCACAAGGUAAUAAUAGCUUGAUUUAUUUGGUUUCUACACCAAAUACAAAGCAUUCUGACCACUAAUGGGAGCCAAUUCACAGUUCACUAAGUGACUAAAGUAAGUUAAACUUGUGUAGACUAAGCAUGUAAUUUCUAAGUUUUAUUUUAAUGGAUUGAAAUACUCGUUAACCAA